UCUUAAUUUGUCGAAGUAAAUUUAUAAAGUAUUUUUCUUAUUCUUUACUUGUUUUGUUUCUUCUUCUUAGAGGAGUUUUUUUUUUUGUUUUGUUUUGGAAUGUUCAUGGAAGAGGUUUGAGUUUGAGAGUGAUGAAGGUGACUGGGAAAUCGAGUUUACCGGCUACAUUUCCGGGGUGGAUCCCAGUGGACGUGGAUCUCAAGCUGACAACGAAGCGGAAGACGCAUAACGCUAGGCGGAAGCGGGUUGGUGCACCGUUGGCGGGACGGCGGAGCAGACCGGAUACUCCUUUGUUGAAAUGGAAGACGGAGGAGAGAGAGAAAGGCUGUGGAGUUAAGGCGGAGCUCGAGGAGGAGGAAGAUGGUGACCGGAGAGCUGGUGCUCGGGGACGACGAAAGAAAGGUGCUUUGACGGUAUCUGCUAGAAAGCUUGCAGCCGUAAUGUGGCGGUUUCAUUUGCCGGAGACAUUGACUCACGUUGGAGAGAGGAGGGACAGAUUGGGGUUUAAGCCUAGUGAUGGUUUUAUGGAUGUUCCUUUUCUUUAUCAUCACAAAGACAAAAUUUACAGUUCAGAUGCAAAGGAUCUGUUACCGAGCCGUGGCUCCAGCUCCGGCACGAAGAACUGCCUCCUUCGUAAGGUUGAGCUUUCGAUUCCAUUUUCAAACUCGGCGAUGGAGGGAGCUACAAAGUGGGAUCCUGUCGGUUUAAAAGCAACAGAUGAUGCACGAAAAUUGUACAGCCACGAGAAGCGUAUUGACCAACAAGUAAGUGCAGUAUCAAUUGUUUCUCUCCUCGAAGCUGAGGUAGAGCAGGCUCGAUCUCGGAUUGAGGAACUUGAGACUGAGCAACGGUCAUCCAAGAAGAAGCUCGAGCAGUUCCUGAGGAAAGUUAGUGAGGAAAGGGGUGCAUGGCGGAGCAGAGAGCAUGAGAAAAUACGUGCAUUUGUUGAUGACGUGAAAUCUGAGUUGAGCCGGGAAAAGAAAAACAGUCAGAGGCUUGAAAUUGUCAAUUCGAAAUUGGUGAAUGAGUUGGCUGCUACCAAGUUAUCAACAAAGCAAUAUAUGCAGGACUUUGAAAAGGAAAGAAAGGCCCGGCAACUGAUUGAAGAAGUAUGCAAUGAGCUUGCUAAGGAAAUCGGAGAAGACAAGUCUGAAGUCGAAGCAUUAAGGAGAGAUUCCAUGAAGCACCAAGAGGAAGUUGACGAGGAAAGAAAGAUGUUGCAGAUGGCUGAGGUCUGGCGUGAAGAACGUGUUCAAAUGAAGCUCAUCGAUGAAAAGGUAGCACUUGAAGACCGAUAUUCACAGAUGAACAAGCUUGUAGCGGAUUUGGAGACAUUUCUAAGGUUUAGAAUUGGAACUCUCGAUGCGAAAGACAUGAGAGAAGCAGAAGCGCUAAGACAAGCUGCUGCAUCAGUUAAUGUUGAAGAUAUCGAGGAAUUUACGUAUACGCAGGAUGACAUUUUCUCUGUUUUUGGAGACACAGCUUUAGCCGAAGUCAAUGAAAGUGAAAUUGAACAAUGUGUUGCACAUAGUCCGGCCAGCCAUGCCUCGAAAGUUCAUACGGUGAGGCCCAAAAUGACCAUGAUGAAAAAAGGCGUCAUUUCGAGACAUUUAAAUGCAUAUGUUGAUCAGAAUGAUGAGAUAGAAGAAGACGAGAGUGGAUGGGAAACUGUCAGCCAUCUCGAGGAUCAGGGCUCAAGUUAUUCACCAGAAGGGAGUGCUGCAUCAGUAAAUAAGAAUUGUCGGGCAAGUAAUUUCUCAGGUAGUGGAAUUGAUUGGGAAGAAAAUGCAUGUGGACAUUCCUCAGUCACAGAAACAAGUGAAGUUUGUUCCUUACCGGCUAGACAGUUCAAGAAGGUUUCAUCUGUAGCCAGGCUUUGGAGAUCAGGUCCAAACAAUGGAGAAAAUUACAAGAUAAUUUCAGUUGAAGGAACAAAUGGCCGGCUUUCAAAUGAACGGGAGUCUAAUGACGGUACCACGUCCCCAGAUCGAGGCUCGGACAUGGGGGGAAAGUGGAGUUCACCCGACACCGGUCAUACAAACAUAACGAGAGGGAUGAAAGGGUGCAUCAAGUGGCCUAGUGGUCCACCAAAGGGUAGUUUGAAAGCCAAACUUCUGGAGGCAAGAAUGGAAACACAGAAGGUCCAAUUACGGCACAUCCUUAAACACAAGACAUAGAAGUAAACUGUAUCUGAAUAUGCCUGAUAUCUGCUGCUAGCUCAAAGUUGAGGUAACAUAUGAAUUCGGACACAGGAUCUAUCCGGAUUUACUGAUUCUCAUAUCAUCUGGUUCUUGUUUGCCUCCCGCAGCACCGAGAGUUCGGUUUUAUCCUUGUGAUAUCUUGGGACAAUACUCUCUAUGAAACCAUUGGCUCACCGCCUUUCGACUCUAGUUGUAAUUCUGUAUGGGAGGCUUAGUCAUUCUCUUUGUAAUCGUGAAACCAAUGUAUGCCAUUUAUACUGUACCCCUAGCAUUCAAGGAUAUCAAGGAAAACAAAUUCACAGGAGUCUUAAAUAAUAACAUUUUCAUUGUAAUUUUCUUU